CCGGCUGGCAACUCCUCAGUUGGAUUUUAGAACAUCGAAAGGGCGGGCGUGUGUAGAAUGGAUCGCUAAAGACAUCAGUAGUUUUUUUUUUAUUAUUCCGCCUUCUAACAGUGUUUGUUUAUUACCUUCCGGCAUAUUUUCCGCAAAUCCUUCUCGACGGUGGUGCUUAUUUCUUUUGUUUUGGCACUAAAAGUUUUAUCUAGUCUCAAAGCGCCGUUUCGAUUUCACGUCGAGUAGGCAAGCCGCACAAGUUUGAAAGCGGCUUUUUGAGAGUAGUACCACCUACUCAUAAUUUUGUUUUCGUUGUAAAAACUCAUCAGGCAACAAUCAAAAUGGUUAAGAAAAUAUCAGAAGAAAGCGUAGAUAGUGGCGUAGGUCGCGGCAGCAGUCAGUCAGGGAGCGAGCGCGAGUGUGACGAGGCUCCUCGGGGGGCGGAGUCCUCAGCGCCAGUGGCUAUCCCUGACAGCGAGGACCUGCAGCGACGCAAGGAAGAGGCCCGCAGGAAACGGCGCAGGAAGAAGCGCUCCGGCAGCUCGGUCGUCACCUCAUGUUUCCAAGACCUUUACAAGCUGACAGGGGAGGUACUGGGCGAGGGCGCGUACGCUUCAGUACAGACGUGCGUGAACAUCUACACGGGUCAGGAGUUCGCUGUGAAGAUCAUAGACAAGGUGCCGGGUCACGCGCGCGCCCGGGUGUUCCGGGAGGUGGAGACCUUCCACUACUGCCAGGGACACCCCAACAUAAUCCAGCUCAUAGAAUUCUUUGAGGACACGGACAAGUUCUAUCUUGUCUUCGAGAAGAUCAACGGCGGUCAGCUUCUAUCGAGAAUCCAGGAGCAUCAAUACUUCUCUGAACCGCAAGCUGCCGAGAUCGUACGCGAGAUAGCUAACGCGCUGCACUUCCUGCACGGCAAGGGCGUGGCCCACCGCGACCUGAAGCCGGAGAACAUACUCUGCGUGCACCGCGACUCGCUCUGCCCCGUCAAGAUAUGCGACUUCGAUCUCGGUAGCGGCAUCAGCUUCACCUCUAGCCUUGCCAGCCCCUUGGCUACACCGCAACUUAUGACUCCGGUCGGUAGUGCGGAGUUCAUGGCGCCCGAGGUGGUUUCUCUGUUCGCGGGCUCGGCGGCCACUCACUACGACAAGCGCUGCGACCUCUGGUCGUUGGGCGUUAUAGCGUAUAUUCUUCUUUGCGGCUACCCUCCGUUCCGCGCCGACUGCGGCUCAGACUGCGGCUGGGAGCGUGGAGACAACUGCCGGGCCUGUCAAGACCUACUGUUCACUUCUAUACAGGAGGGUCGCUACACGUUCCCAGAAGAAGAGUGGGCUCAUAUCUCUAGCGAGGCCAAGGACCUGAUCGCUCAGCUGCUGGUCCGCGAGGCGUCUCACCGCCUGAGCGCCGAACGUGUGUUGCAGCACCCCUGGCUGCGCCGCGCCGACGCAGCCGCCGGCGCGCCCUCACGCAACUCCUUCCCUCCGCUGCGAACACCGCACAAUAUCAAGCGGAAUAUGUCGGCUAGAAAUCUUUCUAACUUCGCGGAGUCGGCGAUGGCGGUGAACAGAGUCAUCCAGCAGCACUUCUCUAUGAACUACUCGUACAUGGAGCGGCCGGCGGCGCUGCGCUGCAGCAAGUCGUGCCAGCCGAGCCCGGAGGCGGUGGCGAGCAUCCUGGAGGACGAGCUGGAGCGCGCGGCCGGGUGCUGCGCCCCGCUCGGCCUCUCCCCUCCCACCGAUUCGCAGCUGCUCCGCCGCCGCCUGGCGACCGCGGAGCCGCUGCCCGUGCACUAGCGCCCGACCCUCCCCUCUACCAGGCCGCGUGUGAUCAGUGACGGACUCUCCCUCGGCUCGCUCCUCCGCGUCUCGCCGAGCCUGCGCCGACGGGCAUCCCUCCAGUGAUACAUCCGAUCGCAGUUUUUAUGUGAACGGUACUCGUAGCUGUAACAGUUUUAUUUGAGCCUUUUUAAAUAUAUAUAUUUUUAUGAAUAAAUAAAAACGACUGAAUAGUUUUUAUCGAGAUGUAGAGUAUUUGUGAGUUUAUUUCGUGCGGCCGGUCGCCGCGACCGACGUGGGUCGUUAAAAUCGUAUUAUCCGAGAUAGUCGUGCCGAUCUACAGACUUUAUUACGAUUACAGAUUAAAAAAAAUAUAUAUUAUUUUUGGAUUUAUGAAAUCCUUUAUUUUGAAAUGGAGCUUAUUUGUAUGAUUGCAUUCUGUUCACGGCCUAUUCCUUUGCAAUAAAAAUGUUGUAACAUUCGAUAACGUUUUCGGAUGCUAGUCUGUUAUGUGAUUGUUUUUUUUUUUGCAUUUUUUUGAACCAGCAAAGGUCAAAGCCCGCGUCUCAUUAGUUAAGAAUAAAUUUUAAUUGAAAUGAAAUAUUAGCGAUGCGUGAGAGACGGGAUCGUGUGUGACAUGUCCGCCGAGGGGUUCGAGUGGUGACGUGUGGUAGGCGCAUCGUUACAAAUCAUGAAUGAAAUUCGCUUUGUAUCGUCUCGUGUGGAAGGGCGCUCCUAUGAAAUGUCGUAUGCCGGUCCGGACUGCUGGCCGAGUGUUGCACGGGGUUCCGUGGAGCUGCCAUAAAAUUGUGAUCGGUUUGAAUACUUUUAUAUUGCUGAAGAAUGAAGUGUUAUGAUAAUGUUAAGUGUAGACUUGCUAGCCUUAAACCCUGCGGAUGCGUUGAUUGGAAAAAGGUACACGCGGCGCCAACACCGAUUGGCCGUUAUGUUAAUUUGUUUCAUAAAUUUUAUAUUUUUAAUUCGUAUAAAUUACAAAUCUAAUUUAUUUCCUUUACUGGUGGCUUUAUCCAAUCAAACUGAAACUCGUCGCAGUACUUUGUUAAAAUUUUGUUUUCGACCUAAUCAUUGAUUUGAACUGUCACUUGAAAUACAGAUGUUUGAAUUUA